AUGUCCACUCCAGUCGCCCCCCGCCCCAUCCCCGUCGCCCUCCUCGGUCUCGGCGGUGUUGGUAAAGCCAUCCUCUCUCAGCUCCUCUCGCCUCCUCUCGCCUCGCGCUUCCAGCUCGUCCUGAUUGCCAACUCUCGCCAAUCCUUGUCCCUCCCCCUCCCCGCCUCGCCCCUCACUCCCUCCAACUACCAGCCCAUCCUUGAAAAGUACGGCACUGCUCUCGAUGUCCCCUCUGUCGUCUCUGUCCUCUCUACCCAUCCCGAUGCGCCAGGUAUCUUUAUCGACUCGACUGGGUCUGAUGUCAUCCCCGGCAUGUACCCCCAAAUCCUGUCCAUGGGCGUCCACAUCGUCACCCCCAACAAGAAGGGUUUCUCUGGCUCCGAGGCUUUGUACAAGUCUAUCACAGAAAAGUCCUUCCCCAACACUCCUGUGACCGUGUAUGGCGAGUCCACCGUUGGCGCGGGUCUGCCGAUCAUUCAGACCUUGAAGGACCUCGUGGGGACCGGCGAUGAAAUCGAAAAGGUUGAAGGUGUCUUCAGUGGCACAUUGAGCUACAUCUUCAACGAGUUUAGCAAGCCCGAGGGAAGCACUGUCAAGUUUUCCGAUGUCGUCAAGAUUGCCAAGGAGAAGGGAUACACUGAGCCUGACCCCAGGGACGACCUUUCUGGGUCUGACGUUGCUCGAAAGCUCUCCAUUCUCGCCCGUCUUGUGCCCACUGCCCCUGCUCUUCCUGAAGGCUACGCCUCAAUCCCCACCCAGUCUCUUGUGCCCGACGUCCUCUCCAAUGCCUCUACCAAGGAGGAGUACCUUGAGCGAUUGGAGGAGGGUGACUCGUUCUUUGCCAACCUCAGGGAGGAGGCGCAGAAGGAAGGCAAGGUCGUGAGAUAUGUGGGUGUGCUUGAUGUCAAGGAAGGCAAGGUCGAGGCCAAGUUGGCCAAGUACCCCGUGGACCAUGCUUUCGCUACCGCCCUCAAGGGCUCUGACAACAUUAUCUCUUUCAGCACCAAGAGGUACUCUCCUCGUCCUCUCAUCAUCCAGGGUGCCGGUGCUGGCGCCGACGUGACCGCUAUGGGCGUUACUUCCGACAUGGUCAAGAUCUACGAGAGGCUCGCUGUCACUCGUCUUUGA